AACUCUUUCAUUAAGAGUUAUUGUCGUUUGCCGUCCUCGUCAGUGUUGUCAACACUCUGUCAAACCAAUGCAAUGACCUGCAUCCACCAACCCUUACAAUCAACCCCGACUGCAUGAAAUCUAGCACCCCCAGCGCACCUAUUUGUAACAAAAAGCACAGAACUCGAAGAUGCUCAAACCCAGCCCCCAGUCUCAACCGGAAAACGCUUCAAACUGUCUCCAGAUACUCAUAAAGGACGAACUUUUCGACUGUUCAAAGAACGUCCCUUUAUACCAGUGUUUAGCGUGCUCCUACACGACUGAUUUGUUCACCCACUACACAAAACACUGUGACAACCAUACCCAAGAUUUAAGUCAACAGAACUACAAAUGUCGCAAAUGCAACUUCCACACCCACUCGCAGUAUUUAUUACUGCGCCACAGUCUCUUCCAAUGCAGUGACAAGAACAUCAAAAUCUUAAAAUGGUACAAAUGUGAUCAUUGUUUUUACACCACCCAGCGCCAAAACGACUUAAUCAUGCACAUAUUGGGGAGCCACGAUAACGUAAUUGAAAUCAUCGAGACUCACGCGAGUUUGUUCUGUUGCGAGUUCUGCUUGAAAAAAUUCCGGUGUAAGAACAGCGUCCGAAGACACGUGAAGUUUUUUCAUAAGACACCCAAAGAGAUUCGGUGGUUGCAGUGUGAACAGUGUUCAUUCAAAACUCGGUAUCGUUUCCAAUUAAAAACGCACGUUUUGUUUAAACAUACGCCGGAUGAAGAGGUGGAUUGGUUCCAGUGUGAUUAUUGUUGGAUGAAGUUUAAGACGAGAGGGGGUUUACAGAGACAUGUGGACGUCGUUCAUGAUAAAACCGGGAAAAUCCCGUGGGUGCGAUGCGAACAAUGUAACUACAAAACGCGGAAAAGCUAUGAAUUGAAAACACACAUUUUACUGAAACAUACAUCAGAGGAUGAAAUCGAGUGGUUCGAAUGCGAAUUUUGUCCGGCGAAAUUUAAAGCGAAGCGAUAUUUACGACAACACAUGCGCUACCAACAUAUAAACCCUCAAGAGAACAAAUUCUUCGAGUGUGAGCACUGUGAGUUCAAAACUAAGAAAAAAUCGAACUUGGAUGUACACAUCGUUGUGAAACACUCAACAGAUGAGAAUAUUUUUUGGUUUUAUUGUGAAUAUUGUCCGGCUAAAUUCAAAGAUAAAGAAUAUCUGCGAAACCACUUGAGAUCGCGACACACCGACCCUGAGGACAUCCCGUGGUUCCGAUGCGACUUCUGCAAGUACAAAACUCGUUGGAAGAGCGUUUUAAAAUGUCACGUUAUUUCCAAACACUCAGCUGAUGAUCAAGUUCCUUGGUUUCGGUGCGAAUUUUGUCCGUCGAAAUUUAAAGUCAAAACUUAUUUACAACAACACACGAGAGUUCAACACCUCAAUCCUAAACCACCUUCAGUGGCUUGUGAUCAGUGCUCUUUUAAAACGAACUGUAAUGCGAAGCUGAGGGAUCAUAUUUUGGUGAAACAUGCCUCGGAUGACCAAAUUCAAUGGUUUGAGUGUGCGCAGUGUCCGAAGAAGUAUAAGAUAAAGAGGUCGCUGGAUUCGCACGUGAAGAACAAACACAUGGAGAAGACGGAUGUACGGAUUAGGUGCACGUUUUGCCCCACGAAGUUAAAGUCUGAGUUUCUUUUAAAUGAUCACAUAAUGACGUAUCAUAACGAUGCGGGGGCGGGGGGUGGCAAUAAAAAUAUAAGAGUGAAGGAGGAGCGCGGGGCGUAAUUUUCGACUGCGGUUUAGAAUUGAUUCGACCAAAUUAAAACUGCUUAAUCAAAGUGUACAUGUAAUGUAGCGACUAUAGAGUCAAUUCGUUUGUAAAGUUUUUGAAUAUUAAUAAAUUUUAAAAUUCCGACUAGUGUGUAUUGUGGGUUGCCUAAAUCGCCAAACGUCAACAAACCUAACCUCAAAUUAUGUUUCCAUAAACUGUAAUUUUUUCCAAAAAUACACUAAGUAUGCAACUGUAUUCUAGUAUCAGUACUUUUCGUAGCAGUAUUUGAACCCCCAGUAAACCAUGGAAAGCUUUCAGUGUACUGACAAACUACCCCCAUAUGAAUGUACCUCAUGUCCCAACUUUCGAACCUUUUGUCUGGCGCACCUCAAACACCACCUCAAGCAAGGCCACACACAAAGUCCCAUUUCAGUGGACUACAAAUGCCCCAACUGUGAUUUCCACUCAUACUCGCGCUAUCUCCUCCUAAACCACGACUUAUUCAACUGCAGCCGCCUCCAAGGAGACACCGAAUGGCUCAUCAAUAAACAACUAAUCACAAAUAUCAAAUUACAAACCAGAGCAAUCGUAUGCACAUACUGUUUCAAAAUCUUCAAACACAAAAGCUAUCUCCAAAACCACGUCUACUUCGUCCACAAACCCAAAAUCAAACUAAACUCGUUCAAGUGUGACCAGUGCUCGUACCACACCACGAAAAACAGCGACUUGAAGCGCCACAUUCUAGGAAAACACACAGCCGAUGAGGAAAUCACGUGGCUCGAGUGCACUCUAUGUAUGAAAAAAUUCAAAAACAAAACCACGUUGCACAAACACAACAAAUACCUCCACAGCACGUCGAAAGAGAAGUUUUGGCUUCAAUGUGAACAUUGUCCUUUCAAAGCUCGAGUGAACUACGAGCUGAAAAAACACGUCAUUGCCAAGCACACGUCCGAGGAUCAAAUUCAUUGGUUUUUGUGCGACAAGUGCCCCAUGAAGUUUAAAACCAAGGGGUAUUUGCAUGCGCACAUAAAGUCGGUGCAUACGGCUCGGGAGGAUAUGCGUUUGAAUUGCCAGUUUUGCUGGUAUAAGACACAGUGGCAGUAUAAAUUGAACGAGCACGUGUUGGCGCGGCAUUCAAACAGUGAUGUUCGGUUUCAGUGUGAUCUGUGCCCCUCGCACUUUAAAAUGAAGGCGUAUUUGAAAAGCCACGUUCGGACUCAUCAUUCUAGUGAAGAUAGGCGCUUUCAGUGCGGACUGUGCGAGUACAAGAGUGUGCGGAAGUAUCAGCUGAAGUUACACGUUCUGAGGAAGCAUUGAGUGAAGUCGAAAAAGUGACCAUAAACAGGGUACCAAAGGGCCAUGUGUGUCUGAGGUCAGUUUGACGCUAAUUUAUUUUUGAUUCGAGAAAUUUUGCUACAUUGCAGCGGUAUCCUUAUUUUGAAAGAAUAAGUGACAAAAUUAUCGAUUAUCGAUCGACGUGGAAGGAUCUUGCAACCAUAAAGAAACUUUUAUUCUUGUUAUUGUUAUUUUCAAUACAGUCAUAAUCGUUCAAUAUUUAUGAAAACCAUGUAUCUCUUAUCAAUAAAUAAAAUAUCAUUUUUGUCCAUAAA